UUGAGUUGAAAGAAUCCAAUCGCAACGAACUGACCGGUCGCAGUUUAAAUUGACUGAGACAUUUAAAGAAAGAAAUAGAGAAAGGUGGAAUUCGACGAGUCGGGCAAAAAAGACACGUAAUCACAGAGGACAGUCAGAAAUCGACUGGCUCUUGAAUGUUUGGAGUAUUGAGAGAGUCAUCUCUGUAGCAUGCACCAUUACGAGCCAGAUGACCUUCAAGUGAAUAGUUACUGAUUGCCUCUCCUCAGACUCUGUAAUGGAAAAUCGUGAAUCCUUGCCGAAGAGAAGCAACCCUGUAGCAUGAUGCUGUCACCAUCAUUCUUGAAAGAUGAUGAAGUCGACCACCAGCUCAGCACGACGGGGAGCGAGGGGGGCAAUUCUGGGGACAGCACUCCGCCAACCAAGCGCAAGGGGAAGUUCUCCAGUUUGGGCAAGUUUUUCAAGCCCUGGAAGUGGAGGAAGAAGAAAAGCAGCGAGAAGUUUAAGGAAACUUCAGAAGUUCUGGAAAGAAAGAUGUCGAUGAGGAGGUCUCGGCAGGAGCUGAUUGAGAAGGGAGUUCUGAAGGAGGUCCUGGAAAAUGAAAGAGAUGACGUUCACAUGUCCAAGCUGCCCUACUUGAAGAAUGGCCACACAGUGCCUGCUGGUGGUGGGGGUGGGACUGUGGGCACAGGCCUGGAGCAGGGCCGCCCCCCCUCUGAACUGGACUACAGAGUGAAUUCAACCUGGCUACCCCAGGCUGAGGAGCGGAGAACAGGCCCUGGACCCCGCGGGUCUUGUCAAGAGGAGGGCAGACGUGGCUGGCCCCUAGUGGAUGCAGAACGCAAGGCUGGCCCGCUCUGGCUAGCAGAUGAGGGACGCCGGAUGGGCCGACCACAACCAGAUGUUGAGAAGAAGGCAAUUCUGCAGAAGGCGCCAUCAGAGGACGGACACAGGAGCCGGCCUACCUCCGAAUCAGACUGGAAACCUGUCUUGCCAAGGCACUCGUCCGCCGAGGAGGGGCGGGCCUGUCGAGAGACCAAUGGCAACCAUGGUCCCUUGGAACCUGAGGCCCCACGAGACACACUGAGGGAGCCACUGCCCCCAAAGCAGCCUAUUCUUCCCCCAAAAUGGCUUGUGAGCUGCACCUCUGAGCCAGGCAGUGAUCUGCCAGCACGGACGCCCAUCAGCAGCUGCACCACUGUCUCAGUGCAGACGUACUCUUCCUCGUCCUCCUCAUCCACGUCCUCAGGUUUAGGUGCUGCUGCUAAACCCGCCCGGGCUAUGGGCACACAUGGUGCCAGCUCUGCGGUGCCCACCAGCAUGGCCUUGCCCCUCUUGCCCACUUCCACCACCACUUCUGUCGCCGGCCCAACCCCCCAGCCUGUCAAGCAGCCACCUGCCCCUCCGCCCAAGCCUGUCACCCGGAACAGCAACUCUACACUGCUAGGGGAUAACGCACACUUCCCUCUGAACUGGUCUUGCUGGAAGCGGGAGGGCGAGUACGACGUCUACCUUUCUCUGCCCGUCUACCUGUGCCGACGGGCCGGAGCCCCCUGCUCAGCAGAGCUCUCCCAUACUACUGGUGUUGUGGGUCAAGGACUGAACAAGCCCUCCCCACCCAUGCCUCCCAGGAGGACCACUCCAAUCACCAAGCGCAAUUCAGAGGAAUCAUCCAACCCUUCAGUUCCUGUCCACAGUGUGCUGCCUGAGGAAGAUUUCACUAGCAGCCUUGGGAGCUUCCAACUGCCCCCAGUGCCACCGCCACCACCAUCCCCUCCCUUACCCACCCACAUCCCACCGUCCCCACCGCGCCUCCACCAUCAUCAUCAGCACCACCAUCACCUCCUAUUGGCCCACCAACACUCAUACACUCACCCCCUGCCACCACCCCUCCAAUAUGAUCCACCCAGCCCAACCUCAGAGCCUGCCCGGCAGCCGUCCGUCCCACUGCACAUCAUGAUCCAGCGGGCGCUGACCAGCCCUGGGCCUGCAAUGGCCAACCCUGAUGGCCCCCAGCGUGCGCACUCCCUCCUGUUUGAGACCCCUCAUGAGUUCCAUGGCGAUUCAGGGAGCCGAGGCUGCACUCUACCUGUCACCAUCCAGCCCCUGAAAUUGAAUGAGGAGGACUAUACUGAUGAAGAAGAGGAGGAGGAUGAGGAUGAUGACGACUUGCCACUGCCUCCGGAGCACCUCCCUCCCCCACAGCCAGAACUGGAGCCUCGAAGCCGCAGGUGCCUGGUGGGUGACCUCAGUGUCAGCAUCAUCCCUGAGGCUGAAGGGCCUGCCAGUAGUGAAGAGGAGGACAUUGAUGAGGAGGAAGCUGAGGAGGAAGAACAAGCUGAUGAUAGUGACUCAGAUGGGCCAGUGCUCUACAAAGAUGAAGACUCUGAUGACGAGGAUGAUUUCCAUUCCAGUGCACUGGCCAGCAGGGUGAAACGGAAGGAUACCCUGGCGCUGAAGCUGAGCAGCCGGCCCUCAGCCCCAGAUCGCCAGGCCAAAGAGGAGCUGGGGUCUUUGAUCUGGGAGAGUCGUGAACAGUGGGAGGCAGUGCGCACACAAAUUGGCACGGCGCUCACGCGGCGGCUGAGCCAGAGGCCCACAGCAGAGGAGCUGGAGCAGAGAAACAUUCUACAGCCCAAGAAUGAGGCAGACAGGCAGGCAGAGGUGAGGGAGAUCAAGAGGAGGCUUACCAGAAAGCUGAGCCAGAGACCCACAGUGGCUGAGCUGCAGGCCAGGAAGAUUCUGCGGUUCCAUGAGUAUGUGGAGGUUACCAGCGCCCAGGACUAUGACCGGCGUGCUGACAAGCCCUGGACCAAACUUACACCUGCUGACAAAGCCGCUAUCCGUAAAGAACUGAAUGAGUUCAAAAGCUCUGAAAUGGAGGUCCACGAGGAGAGCAGGAUCUACACAAGAUUUCAUCGGCCUUAGAAUCCUUUCAACUGGAAAACAGCGCUUAAUCGCACACUGGGAGUAAGAACACGUUUGUGAUUCGCCAACAGAGCUACAAGGUUUUGGUGCUCCCUUAAUGGACUGUCUUUCAUUGUUCUGAAUGUAUGUCACUGCUCAUCAGAAAACCUGGAACACAGAGAGAGCAACCCACUGCUUGACAGCCAAUUCUAGCUGCCACAUCUAUAAAUGAUGAUGGCGGCUGACAAUGAUGCAUAGAGCAUAAUUGCAGUACUUUGCCCCAGGACGUUUGGGGAACAGGGGUGGAAAAAAAUGUGCCAAGAUUGUUAGUACAGAGGUAAUGGAUGAUCAGGGACUAACCUGUUGUCACUCAGCCACCAGGGGUGCUGUAGCUCCCACCCAUUUGCCUGCCCUCCUCUUCUCUCUAAAGAAUAUCUGGGUGGCCUUCUCUCUUUCAUUUUGUAUGAAACGUGAUUUUCUUUCCUUCUUUAACAAGAAGCAUAAUAAUCAUAACAAUAGUAACAACAAUAAUGACAACAUAACCUAUAAUAAUAAUUGCAAGAAAACUGACUGGAAGGAAAGUUACAAUGAGACAAUGUAAGGGAGGACUUGGAGACUCGUGAAGUGAAGGGUGCCUUAGAAGGGAGUUCAGACCAGAGCCGUUCUGAAAGAAUUGUGCAUUUGUUUAUGUGUAUAGAUUACAGUAAUUUUUCUAUAACUAUUAACCUGGAAAGCUGUAACAAUGAAGAAUUCCUUAAUGUGCAUUUUCCCUCAUUUUCAGUUAUUUUGAAAUUUUCCUUUUGCUGGGUUUUCCCUGGGGGUCAGAACAUGGGGAAUUCCACUCAACUGGGUAUUUGGGGCUUCAGUGUUUUUAGAUGCCUGUUGCUCUAGUAGAAAAAGUAAUGACAAAAGUUUGUCUGUCUGUUUUUUGCAGCCAUAUUUGCAUUAUCACUGAUAAAUUAGAGCAGAGCUGUUGCAUAUCACCUGCCCAGUGCUGACACAGCCCUACAUAUAAAUCCAAGUGCCCAUCACGUGCAGUUUUUUUCUUUUUUUGCAUUUUACACAACCCUUAGUGCAAACUGAAAAACCUUAGUUUUAUUGGUCAUAAAGCAUGGCACCUUAAGUUCUUCAAAGUGUAUAUUUCAAACUAUAAAAUUAAAAUAUUUUUCAAACUAGUGUAAGAUUAAAGGUCUGAUGCAUUUCUCUCUACAGAGACAAAACACUACAAUAGAACUUUACUUUGAUGGUGGAGAGGGAAAAUCUUUCGGCAGGAAGUUUGUGUAUUUGUACUUAAAAUGUUUUAUCCUAUACCGCUCAUGGGCCAGUAGAAAGCCAGGUCAUCCUCUGCUGUAUAGACUGUAGAUUCAACUGAUUGUCAUGUAUAUCUUGUCUUUCUAUUGUUUUAAAUACUAUUUUAAAUAUAAUAAAGGUAUUAUAGGUUGUUUUGUAAGCACAAAAAAUAGUGUAUGAUUCAACAGCACUAUGAGAACUGGGAUAUAAAUAUUAUACCUGGUCUAUUUUG